CAAAACCGCAUUUCCCAUUAUUUACAGUUCAUUCUAGCCCAGAGCGCAUAUAUGGCUUCUUUGAUGAGUUCUUUCAGCUCUGAUGAUCUAUGCCAUCCUGAGGUUUUGAUACAAGAGAAUAAUCCAUUUGUGAGGACACUGACACUAAACAGGCCUCGACAACUCAACGCUCUUUCACUUGAAAUGCUUUCUCGGCUGUCUGAGCUCUUCCUUGCCCUAGAGCAUGAUGCCAAAGUCAAGUUGGUCAUUCUCAAAGGUAAUGGAAAAGCAUUUUGCGCCGGCGGUGAUGCGGUUGUUUUAGCUCGUCAUCUCUAUAAUGGCGACUGGAGAUUUGGUACCAAAACAACUGAGGAGUCAUACAAAUUACUAUACUUAAUAGCAACAUACAGUAAGCCCCAAGUUUCAGUUCUUGAUGGAGUUUGCUUGGGACGUGGCGCUGCAAUUAGUAUAUCCUGUAGAUUUCGUAUCGCAACCGAGAAUUCCAUUUUCUCUGUCCCAGAAGUAGCUUUGGGAGGGUUUCCUGAUGUGGGUGCCUCUUACUUCUUGUCAAGGCUUCCUGGAUUCUUUGGAGAAUAUGUUGCCCUAACUGGUGCCCAAUUGGAUGGUCCUGAAAUGCUUGCUUGUGGUCUAGCAACUCACUUUGUUCCCUCAACCAAAUUGGCUUUGUUAGAAGAAGCUCUAGCAUCCAAAGUUGCUUCUUCAACCAAUAACAUCUCCAGCCAAGAUCUUCCAUUUUAUAUUUCAGCUAUUAUAAAUGACUACUCGAUCCGACCAGCCGUGAAUAGGAAAGGCAGUGCUAUUCACAAAAUGGAUGUUAUUCAAAAGUGUUUUUCAAAGGGAAGUGUCGAAGAGAUUUUGAGUGCACUUGAGAAGGAGGCUGCUGAUAAGAACCUUCAAGAUCCUAUAAAUGGUGAUGUUUGGUUAUCUUCCACAAUUCAGUCACUUCAGAAGGCAUCACCAACAAGUUUGAAGCUUUGUUUGCGAUCGAUUAGAGAAGGAAGGUGUCAAGGUCUUGGUGAGUGUCUUGCUCGAGAGUAUAGAAUGGCUUAUCAUGCUAUCCGAGGAAAAAUCAGCUCGGACUUCAGAAAUGGUUGCACAAGUGUUUUUUUGAAGAAGGAUAAAAUUCAAAAGUGGGAACCUUGUAAACUGGAGCUCAUCACUGACCAGAUGGUUGAUCAGUACUUCUCAAAGUUAGGUGAUGACGAAAAUUUGGAAGAACUAAAGCUCCUCGCAAAAUCAAACUUGCUUGCCAUUGCCAGCAAGCUUUAAAUAUUUUACAACCAAAGUGAUCAAUAAUGUCUACUGGUGUUUGAUUGGGUUGACAUGCAUCUCCUGUACUGUUACAUUUGUUUUAGGAUACAAGCUUCAGUUACCAUUUCUCUUUGUUUUUUUUUUUUGUACGUACCAUUUCUCUUAAUAAUCAUCAGUUUUA